CUGCAGCACAGUCCCGUCAGCAGAGCGCUGGGUCCACAGCAGCAUCGGCAGCAGCAGCGUUCUCUGGACUCCAGGACGCGGAGCGAGCGGCGGUCCCCAUCCUGCUUCCCACAGCACGGGCACGGGCAGGGGGGACGACCACAACUUAAACCUGACUCAUUUUAUAGACUAGAGGGAGGACACAGACCCUGACCAGGAAAACACACGUGCUCUUCUACUUCUUUUUCUUCUGUUUUUAAAUGAGUGAGCUACUUUAGAUAGAAUGGCUUCAUCCGUGAGCGGCGCAGAGGAGGUCCGGGUGUCGGCGUUGACGCCCCUGAAGUUGGUGGGACUGGUGUGCGUCUUUCUCGCUCUGUGCCUGGACGUCGGAGCCAUGCUGAGCCCGGCUUGGGUCACGGCAGACGACCAGUACUACCUGUCCCUGUGGGUGUCCUGCUGGAAGCCCGUCAGCUCCGUGGAAUGGUCCUGCAACAGCACACUGACCACCGACUGGCAGAUCGCCACGCUGGCCCUGCUGUUAGGGGGGGCAGCACUCACCCUGCUCUCCUUCCUCGUGGCGCUGGUGUCCCUGUGCUUCGGCUCCAGGAGUCGCUGCUACAAGCCCGUGGCUGUCAUGCUGUUCUCUGCAGUGGUUCUUCAGGUGUGCAGCUUGGUCCUGUUCCCCAUCAAGUUCAUAGAGACGGUCAGCCUGAGGGUGUACCAUGAGUUUAACUGGGGCUACGGCCUGGCCUGGGGAUCCACCAUCUUCUCUUUUGGAGGUGCCAUCCUCUACUGCCUCAACCCGAAGAACUAUGAAGACUACUACUAAAAUAUGCGAGACAAAAGGAGAAACCAAGGACUCUCUGUUUUACCACUGUCCUCUCAGCAAUAGGAACUUUCUGUCUGUUACACAGUGCACAACCACAGACUAGAAAAGUAGGAAAAAAACAAACGCUUAUUGUUAGUUUCAUGGCUGGAAACAAGCUCUUCCAUUUGAUACUGUGAACUUGUUGUCUCAAAGACUAUCCUCACUUAUUGGACUGAAGCCCCCCCCCCGGUUCUCUCUUAGGGGUGUUGGCAGCAAAUGCAGCUGUGAAAAAAAAGAAAAGAAAUCCAAAACCAGAACCAGUCAGUUUAAUUUGGGAGAGAAUGUCAGCAUUCAGAUAAGUCUGUGUCCCCUUUAAGUGGAACUCCAGUAGGUCUUAGAUUUGGGCUGAAAAUCUGGAGGGAACAGAUGGAUUCACUGACCCCAUACCAGGACGAAUUGGUGGACUAAUUAACCAAUCAGAGCAGAGGAGGCAAGGAAUGAUGUAAACUCAGGCCAAUCGGGGAAAUUAAAGGAUCCCGGGAAGAAAAUGUUGUAUUGAAGUCACAUCCUGAGGAUGACAAAGUGAGGGAGAGAGGGCACACCAAAGGAAACAACAAGCUACAUUUCCCCUGACAUAUACUACUGGAACUUGGCCUAGUCUCCUUCCUCCAGUAGAGUAUAAUAGAUUGGUGAAAUCAUGUCAUGAAGCUGCAAUGGACUGGCUUUAUUUUCUCCUGCCCUAUUUGAGUCUAUUAAAAAGGUCAGAGUUAACAAUAAUGAACAGGAGCAACCUAAAGACAGUCAAAACAUUCCACAGGCACCCUCCAAGUGAUAUCAUACUGGUGAGAGGAACAGUUGCUGGUUAAUGAAUAGCAGAGUCUGUUACAUGUAAACAGUGGUAACACCUUUUGCCACUAAUGUAAGCCUGCAGCAUAAUCCAAGUUAUACUGGCUUUUUGAUAAUAUAUAUAUAUAUAUAUAUUGUAUUAUAUGUAAGUAUGUGCAGUAAGCAUAAUAAAGUAAUAUUCAUUCCAGGCAGACCAGUGGGAAGGAAGAGGGCAAAUGACCAUGUCUGCUGAGUGUGUGCGCAUGUCUGCAUGAUCAUACCACAUGGCAUGUGCUCACACACCUCCCCAUGUGAUGCCUCCUUAUCUUCCCCACUCUGUAGGAAAUGGGAAUGCUCUCAGUAGAAACAGUAAAUGCCAGAGUUUUCAGAUAGGGAGAGGCUGUAGAAGAAAAUCCUGGUAGUUACUGAAAAAAAGUCAGCAUAUUUUAGUUUUUGCAUCUAAGGUCCCUGACACAGUAACUUUAGGAAAUGCCAGAGUGCAACGUGCUGUGGGUGAGCAGCGUUACAAGCACUGCAGGAUCGAUUAAGUUGAAACUGGGAAAGUUUCAAACCCGAGGGAGGACAGUGCGGUCGUGAGAGGUGAGACUUGUCGAGGCAGAGGAUCUACACUGAUCUGCUCUGGUUAACGCCUGUCUUCUCAAACCUCAUUCAAGGUGGUCAGAAAUUUCUCCAGUUCUCUAUUGCAACAUAUGAAAGUGAGUGUGUGUGUGCAUGCCACUACCAUUUGCUGCUGUAUUUAAUUCCCACUGGUUUGAUUACUAAUAUAAUAAAAAUGUACUGUGAAAAUAA